AUGAGCAAUAGCUGCGAAGCCUUGGUUAACGAGCUCGAGGGUGAAGAAGGGGAAGAAGAGGAAGAAGAGGAAGACGUGGAAGAAGAAGAAGAAAAGGAAGAAGAGAAAAAAGGGAAAGAGGGGGAAGAAAAGGAAGAAGAGGAAGAAGACAAAGAAGAGGAAGAAGAUGAAGACGAGGAAGAAGAGGAAGACGAGGAAGAAUCUCUACUUAGAUGCACCAAAAAAUUUUAA